CGACAGCCUUCUUCCGCCGGCUUCAGAAUUGCCCGGAAGUACCCGAAUGUAAACCUGUUUAACGUGCAAGAGGUAUAGGAGAAACGAAUUUUGGGCUGAAUGUGGGUCCUUUAAAAUAUCAUCAGGUUCCUUUCUGCAGGCAACAACUUAGCAGUGUCAGCAGCAACAGUCUGUUGGGGAGCAGGCUGUCUUCACAUCAGUGCUGCUGCAUUUGCACAGGUGGAGGCUAGAGGUACUUUACUGUGCUGUCCAGAUGUCUGCCCAGAAGGGCCCAUUGACCACAGAUGAAUUUGGACUUUCGCAUAGCAACAAAAAUGGAGAUGAUGUUGAACUAGCCGAAUUGGGACCACUGCUUGAAGACAAAGGCGACAUCCAAGCAGCAGCCAACUCGGUUAACGGCCUUGAGGGGCAUUCUAGUGCCACUGGUCCAGAAGAUGAAGAAGAAGAGGAAGAAGUACGAGUCCUCACUCUUCCCUUGCAAGCCCACCAUGCUAUGGAGAAGAUGGAGGAGUUUGUCUAUAAGGUUUGGGAAGGGCGCUGGAGAGUGAUACCUUAUGAUGUGCUCCCAGACUGGCUGAAAGACAAUGAUUACCUGCUACAGGGACAUCGCCCACCCAUGCCUUCUUUCAGAGCAUGUUUCAAAAGCAUUUUCAGGAUACACACAGAAACUGGCAACAUAUGGACUCACCUGAUAGGCUUUCUUAUUUUCCUCACAUUGGGGAUUUUAACCAUGCUGAGACCAAACAUCUACUUCAUGGCACCUUUACAGGAGAAGGUUGUUUUUGGUAUGUUCUUUUUGGGCGCAGUGUUGUGCCUCAGCUUCUCAUGGCUGUUUCAUACAGUGUACUGUCAUUCCGAGAAAGUCUCCAGGACCUUUUCCAAGUUGGACUAUUCGGGAAUUGCACUACUGAUUAUGGGGAGUUUUGUACCCUGGCUGUAUUACUCCUUUUACUGCUCACCACAGCCUAGACUCAUCUACCUCUCCAUUGUUUGUGUGUUGGGUAUAUCUGCUAUCAUAGUUGCUCAGUGGGAUCGAUUUGCAACACCCAAACAUCGGGCAACGAGAGCUGGGGUCUUUUUGGGGCUUGGACUGAGUGGCGUUGUCCCCACUAUGCACUUCACUAUUGCUGAAGGGUUUAUCAAAGCUACAACAGUGGGGCAGAUGGGCUGGUUCUUUUUAAUGGCCGUCAUGUACAUUACAGGAGCAGGACUCUAUGCUGCACGUAUCCCAGAGCGCUUCUUUCCAGGCAAAUUUGAUAUUUGGUUCCAGUCGCACCAGAUUUUCCAUGUGCUUGUUGUGGCCGCUGCCUUCAUCCAUUUUUAUGGGGUUUCCAACCUACAGUCAUUUCGUUUCCGACUAGAGGGUGGAUGCACUGAUGAUUCUCUACUUUAAAACAAGACUUUCUCUUUUAAUAAGACUGUCUACAUAGUCUUUCAAAGUGCUUUCCCUUAAUUCUGCUGCAUUCAGAGAGUGGGAAGAUGUUGGAAAUUCCAUUUACUGACCUUGUAUAGAAAAACGUCUUACCUCAUCCCAUUAGUCACUUCAGGUAUACGUGGUGCAGGUUUGUUGUUUUCCAUUAGAUGUGGGCACAUCUUCAGUGAGUUGUAGUACAUGAGGGAAGUUUCUCCAAAAUAUAUGUAACUCUAACUUGGCGUUGCUUCAGUCUUUAUUCUUUUUUUCAGUGUAGGAUCCCUGAAUUCUUCCUGAGGGGGAAAAUGGGUUGCUAUCUAUCUUUUUAGAGCACUGGAUUUGUAUAACAGUUCUUUUCAGCGUAACAUGUACUCUGAUGUGGAAGAUGAAUAUAGUCAUUAGGAUGAAUUUUAAAAAGCUUGCGCCAUCAGUAUGGUAAUCUUUGUUCAUUUUAAAGGACUGUACAAGUAGGGUAGAAAAUAUCAUGUAGUUAUUGAAACAAUGUACCAGUUUUUUUAUUGCAACCCUGAUUACUUGGUUGUUUUACAGAGCUGCUGAUGUUUUUAUGCCAGUAGCUAAAAUACUUUGUCACUUUACAUAAGCUGUUAAAAACAAAACUGUGGCAGUAGCUGCAGUGCUAAUGGGAAUUGACUGCUUUGCAGACUGCCAGGAAGCAAAGGCCUUUUCAGUAUUUGUCAAGAGACAGAGGUCAAAGUAUAGAGCUAUUGUGGACCCAUUUUGUUUAUUUAAAAUGUUUAUCAAGAAAAGGAGCACAUUGUGAACGUCUGUUAAGUCUGUUAAAUUCAUUGUCUUUUGUCCUAAGAACAAGUAUAUUUAUUUUAAAUUGCUGACCUAACACUGUCUGUAUGCUGGUAAUUCAUUUUAGUGAUGAGCAGAAGCUGAAAUGAAAGUAUUAGUUCAGAAUAUUUGUACAUCAAGAUUUAUGGGUAUGGGAACUCUCGUCCAUGUGAGGAACUUAUUUGUACAAUAGAGAAUAAGAGAUGUGCUGUCUUAUAAAAAAAAUAAAAUAAAAAUUUUGCAAGCAGGGGCAAUUA